AUGAGCGAGCCGGUUCAUCCUCCACAAAAGUUGCCCUCUACGGCAACGCUGGUAACAGACGCAUCCAUGUACGGGUGGGGAGCGUUGUUAUUCAAAGAUUCAGGAGAAGUUUUGGCGGCAGAUGGGGCAUGGGAGAAGGCACCUAACAUGAUAUCUCAAGCAGAGGCACGUGCCGUUCAUCUCGCUUCACGCGGAUUUAAACCGCAUUUGACGGGUCCGUUGGAUAUUCGCGUUGACAAUACAACGGUUAUGGGCAUUAUGCAAAAAGGAAACGCACAUUCACAGGCGUUAGUGAAGGAAGCUAACGCCAUAGAUAGAGUUUUGUGCUCACACGGAAUACACGCAGAGUGGAGCUAUGUAGCAUCAGAGCAGAACCCUGCGGACGGCAUAUCUAGAGGUAAAUUCAUCAAAAAAUCGGACAUAGCGAAGGGGUGGAACUUGCGACGGGAAGAGAGUGAAGCGGGUUUAAAGUUGCUUCUCAGCACUUCCAUUUCGUCAGUUCUUAGGAUGUAUUUAAUAGUAUAA